AUGCCUGCUCGUCUUCACUCUCGUCCACAAGGCAAUUCUACUCUCGCGUCCUCGCAGGAAGCUGGGGACCAUGCGGACAGACCAUCCUCUCCGCAAGUUCAUUUGACGUAUGAGGAUGAGGAUGCUAUUGCUGAAAUCCACCGUACCCUGACGAAGAAGGAUCAUGACUACUCGGAACCACAUUUGUCGUUUGACAAGUUUCUAGAAGAAGAACUUCGGGCUGGAAGGAAGAAGCCUAAUCUCGGAGUUUGCUUUCAGUCACUCUCGACAUGGGGUACAGGAGGAGAGCAUGUUAACGUCAAGACGUUAGGAACUGCAUUGUGGCGGACUCUCAUUUUUCAAGAUGUCUACGAAUGGACGAUCAAGCCGUGGUUGGCGAAACCCGAGCCCGAGAGUGGCCGUCAGUUAAUUCGAGAUUUUACUGGGGUGGUUCGGAGUGGUGAGAUUAUGCUUGUUUUGGGUCGACCAGGGUCGGGCUGCUCGACUUUUCUACGAACAAUCGCUGGUUAUCACUCGUCGUUCCUUGGUGUGACUGGCUCAAUCGCUUAUUCCGGCCUAAGCCUAGAAGAUGUCAGGAAGCACUACCGUGGUCAGGUUGCCUAUGUCCCGGAAGAUGAUGUACAUUUUCCUACGCUCAGUGUUCGACAAACCUUGGAGUUUGCACUUCAGAGCAAGACGCCGAAAAGGUACCAUGACAGAAUCCCUCGGUAUCUUGAAAUCUAUGGCAGAGUGUUCGGAAUGUCACACACCAUGGACACUUUAGUCGGAAACGAGUACAUUCGAGGAGUUUCGGGAGGAGAACGCAAACGGAUUUCAAUUAUCGAGUCUCUGGCCACUGACUCGUCGGUAAUGUGCUGGGAUAACUCGACCCGAGGUCUUGAUGCCUCAUCCGCUCUCGACUAUGCCCGGAGUUUGCGGAUCAUGACCGACACUUGCGGUAAAGCCACGCUGAUGACCUUGUACCAGGCUUCUGAUGCUAUCUAUGACCUUGUCGAUAAGGUCUUGCUCAUCGACGAAGGGCGAAUGCUCUACCAAGGUCCCGCGCAUGAAGCCAAGGCAUACUUCCACGAUCUAGGAUAUGAGUGUGGGCCCAUGCAGACGGUAUCCGAUUUCCUUACUAGUAUUACUAUCCCAGAAAGAAGGAAGUUCCGAGAAGGGUGGGAACAGCGCGCACCAAAAGGACCCAUUGAGCUGGAACAAGCUUUCAGAAAGAGCGCUGCGUUCAUGAACGUUCAGAAGGAAGUACGGAGCUAUGACAGCCAGGGAUUCGGUGGGAGGAGCCGCGCCGAGUCGCACUCUGAUACAGACUAUGAAAGCUUAGAAGACGUCAAAGAGGCCCUCCAAACCGACAAAUCCCGAUUCGUGUCCUCCAAAUCUCCGUAUACCAUCUCCCUCUUCCGACAGGUGGUAUUAUGUGCUAAACGUCAGAUAUGGCAGAUUAGAGGCCACAUGUCGCCCUUGUACAUCAAACUUAUCUCCUCGGUCAUUUACGGACUCCUUGUCGGGUCCAUGUUUUAUGACCAACCGCAAACCACGGACGGGAUGUACUCACGAGGGGGCGUGAUUUUUUACUCAUCUAUUCUUCUGGCCUGGCUCCAAAUGUCUGAAUUAGAAGAAGCAAUGCAGGGACGUGACAUCCUCAGUCGCCAGAAGAAAUUUGCAUUCGUCCGGCCCAGUGCUGUGUGCCUGGCCCGAGUCGUCGCAGAUAUCUUCAUUGCAGCUCUCCUUACUUUCCUCUACCUAGUGGUUGUUUAUUUUCUGUCAGGGUUGAAGUCUGAUGCCGGGGCCUUCUUCAUCGAUUUCUUGUUCAUCUAUAUGUGCACGAUAUCUCUAACAGCUCAAUUCCGGCUGUUUGCCGCCGCGUCCUCUAACUUCGAGGUUGCCCUCCGCUACACAGGAUUCCUCGUUCUGCUUUGCAUUGUUUUUGGAGGUUACGUACUCUCUGUGGACAAGAUGAUGGCUGAUGUUCCCUGGGUCGGAUGGAUAGCGUAUAUCACACCAGCGUUAUAUACAUACGAGGCAAUGAUGGCUGCGGAGUUUCACAACACCAACUUUACCUGCUCCCCAGCUUCGGUUGUCCCUGCAGGACCUGUCUAUACUGACAUUGCCUACCAGACAUGUGCUUAUGCUGGAAGUCAGAUCGGAAGCACUAUAGUCAACGGCGAUGACUAUCUUGCAGUCAAAUACGGGUUCUAUUUUAGUCAUGUUUGGCGCAACUUCGGUAUCCUCUGUCUUUUCACUGUUGCUUCCGUUGCUGCUACCUGCCUUCUGAGUGAAAUUAUGGAAUGGGAACCAGACAGUGCCGGACCAGUCCAGUACAAAAAGUCUCGAAAACAGCUGAGGAAGAUUGCGAACAUUAGUGAUGAAGAAGAGCGCCCUGUGCAGGUCAAUCAAACAUCGCCUUCAGCAUCUGACACUGAUGGACCGUCUGUUGGAGCCCUCACUGCCACCAAAUCAACCUUCACCUGGGAUAACCUGGAACUGUUUGUCCGUGUUGGAAAGGAAAAUCGCAAGCUAUUGGACGGUGUUAGUGGAUAUUGCAAACCGGGGACCCUGACUGCUUUGGUCGGAGCUUCUGGAGCGGGCAAAUCGACUUUGUUGACUGCGCUUACCCAGAGGCAAAGCUCUGGCGACCUUACAGGUACGAUGUAUGUAGACGGAAGACCUAUCGACUCUUCUUUCAAAUCUAGAAUUGGCUACUGUGAACAGAUGGACAUUCAUGACGAAAGCAGCACCAUUCGCGAAGCAUUCGAGUUCUCUGCACUGCUUCGUCAAGACUCCACUGUACCUGAUCAGGAGAAGUUGGCUUAUGCAAGAACGGUGCUAGAGACGUUAGACUUGGUGGAAUUGCAGAACGCCAUUAUCGGCUCUUUGGACAUCGAAAAGAAGAAAAGGGUCACCAUCGGCGUUGAACUUUGUGCAAGACCUGAGCUGCUACUAUUCCUGGACGAGCCCACUAGUGGCCUAGACAGCCAGGCUGCGUCUAGUAUUUGUGCCCUACUAAGACGACUCGCCGACCAGGGUCUGGCAAUCCUUUGCACAAUACACCAAGCAAACCAGGAGCAGUUCGAGAUGUUUGAUCGAGUGCUGGCUCUGAGUCCCGGUGGCAAGACCUAUUAUUUUGGCGAAGUUGGAGAGGCAGGGCACUCUAUCUUCGACUACUUUGCGAAAUACGGGCAGAAGCCUGAAAAUAUUACCAACGCUGCGGACUACAUUAUUGAAGUUGUUGUCGGAGGCAUGAAAAACACGGCAAGCACCGUUGACUGGGCCGCGGUCUGGAACCAAUCCGUUGAAGCGCAGCAGGUUCAACAAGACCUUGAGAGGUUCAGGAAUAUGAAACAAGAGAGUUUACCAAGUCUGGAUAUGCAAUCACAGGCCAUGCCUGCAAUCUCUCGCCAGAUUUUCCUCUUGACUCAAAGGACAUCGCGUCAAUUCUGGAGAAGCCCCGAAUACCCAUAUUCUCGGCUCUACGCUUCGUUCCUGCACGCUCUCAUCAACUGUCUUACGUACCUACAGAUUGGCAAUAGCACCACGGAUCUGCAGUCAAAAGCAUUUUCGUGCUUUUUGGUACUGAUGUUGGUGCCUGAGUUCAUCAACGCAAUCAGCGCUAGAUUUAUCAUGAAUCGUGAUCUGUGGAAGGCUCGUGAAGGGCCCAGCGGAGCAUACGGAUGGGUUGCUUUUUGUACAGCCCAAAUCAUUUCUGAAAUCCCGUACGCCAUUAUCAGUGCGGUCGUCUUCUUCGUCCUGUACUAUUUCUCCGUGGGUCUUCCUUUGGGAUUCGCUGCGGGAUACAGCUUCCUCAUGUUUUUCUUGUUCUUUUUGUUCGCAACGUCCUGGGGCCAGUGGAUUGCCGCCUUGAGUGCCGACUCGGUGGUGGCAGCAACCUUGAUGCCCUUCUUCAUCAUCAUGUGUGAGACAAUGAACGGGAUCUUGCAGCCUCAUAAAUACAUGCCUGCAUUCUGGGCAUACACGAUGUACUACGUUACCCCUUUUACAUAUUGGAUUGGAGGUGUCCUGACAUCCGUUCUCCGUGGCGUGCCAGUCAUUUGUGAUGAGAACGAAUUGACCGUUUUCCAAAGCCCUCCUAAUAUAACCUGCAGCGAAUAUGCGGGAUCCUGGCUGGCCGAAAAGGGUGUUGGAUAUCUAUCCAAUCCCGAUGGUUCAGGGGAGUGCGGAUACUGCGAGUAUAGUUAUGGAGAUGAUUACCUCUCCACAAUUGGCCUUGAUUCGUCCAAGAUUUGGCCGUACUUUGGCAUUUUCGUAGCGUUUGUGGUGAGCAAUUACUUGAUGGUAUAUCUGCUUGUUUACAUUCGGUCGGUGAUGAAGCCGUUUCGGCGACGUACUUAA